UCUCUACCAUUUAAAAUACGCUUCUACUACAAAGCAGAGUCGUAUUUUGCUGAGUUAAUCAUAGGAAUGGCUAUGUGACACAUUGGUUAUUCUUUAAAAAGUGGUGAUGACUGAUGCACUGAUUGAUAAACUGGUUCUUCAUGAUCUGCUCCUUCAGGUCAUGUUAAUACAUAUUUUCAUUAUGUUGGACUUUGCUUGUAUUUAUCUGAUUUUAAAGUGGUGCUUUGUAUAGCUCAAGGUUUGUAGUUUGCUUUUGAUAUAUAAUAGCAGACAACUUCAGGUUGUGGUUUGUUCUUCAUCUCAGAAAAGCAGUUUGUUUCCCUCAUUUUAACUAUGUCACAUCCUCUUCAUGGGAGUGUGCAACGAGAUGGUUUGUUUUCACUUGGAUCUCUCAAGGGGGAGUAGAAGGUGUGUCUGUCUGUGCCUCAAGAUCUCAGAAGCAUUAGUGAAAAGAAAUCAAUGAAAUGUACAGCUGAAAACAGGGACUAUCUGGGAUGGACAGUCCUGAAUUGAGAUAGUUCUUACUUCUUUGCAACUAUACCCAUGUACCUCCUGAGGACACCAGGGGAGCUCUCUGCAGUUCCCUGGUGCACAGGAGCUGCCUCGUAAGCAGGCACCAGGACCACCAUCCACGUUGGAGCAGCUGCAUGUGCUAACAUCUCUCCACUCAUCUGCAGAACAGCAAGUAACAGAAGACCGGAGCACGCUGGCGCUGUUGCUGUUCAUCUCCCAUGGCUGGAGGGCUCCUCUCCAGGCUGACAACCCGUGCUGAUUCCCUCUGCUAAAGAUGGCUCAGACAUGGUCUGUUCUGGCUGCAUUUCUCUUGCUGAUAAAUCUGGUUAAAGUGCCAGCUUACAACAUGGUGAAUGUGGAGGCUGGUCAUGAGGCUGUGUUGAGUUGCCCUUCUGUCUCCAAAGCAUCUUUGCUAAUGGUGGUAUGGAAGAUGAAAUGCAGCACUUGCUGCUUGUUGUCCUAUAGAAGUGAUCACAACCAGACAAUGAAGUUAAACUGCAGUGAGAGGAUGACAUGGAAAUAUUCACCUGACAGUGACCCUGAUCUUCGUAUUUACCCUGUGAGCCUUGGAGAUGAGGGGAAUUACACCUGUGAAAUCGUCAGCAGCGAGGGGAAUUUCCUUUUUUUCUCCUUUCUGACUGUGAUAGUCCCUCCCACAGUGACUCUGACCUUUGACAAGAGCACAGGGGCAGUCUGUCAAGCAUCUGCUGGAAAGCCAGCUGCUGACAUCUCCUGGAUUCCUCCAAAUAAUGCCAGCACCAGUGAAUUCCAUCACCCUAAUGGGACAGUGACCAGAGUGAGCUGGGUCAACACCACGCUUUCCACUGUCACCUGCCUUGUUACCCACCCAGCUACAAACCAGAGUCUGUUCCUAGACUUGCAAUAUACUUCCCCAAGGCUUGCCUUUUUUCUGCUAGGAGGAUUUGCAUGUGUUGCUGUUGUCAGUGGUGUGACAUUAUGCCUAUUUUUUAUCUGCAGAGCUCUCUGGUUACACAAAUUGGCACAGAGGUCGGCAGCACCAGUUGCAACUACGAACUUCAGGUCCACACCAUCACGGGCGAAAAUGGAAGCAGUCAAGCCUCCUGUCUUGUCAGAACAUAUCUAUCAGAAUUACAGUUCAAGAACAGUAUAUAUGAACUAUUGACAGUGUAGGCACAAGCAGUCUAACACCAGCUCAGCCACUGAUGAUACUCAGUUACCUGUACUUCAGCUAACAAAUCUCAGACCUUACCGCAUCGCACACCAGCAGAACACUCAAAACUGCCCCACAAAAGCAUUUUUUUCCUGACCUGAAGAAAAUGAUUUACCUGUUUUAGUAAAUUAUUUCUCUCUUUCUUAAAGUAUCAAUACAGCUCUUGAAACACCUGAAACUUUUAAGGACCAAGUUAGUUUAAUACCUAUCUAAAUGUUGUUUGAAAAUGGACUCUUGAGGUAUGUGCUGCCUUUCCUCAAAUUAGUGAUUGACAUACUGUGCCAGAGGAACAGACUGCUGGUGAAAAUACAGCAUGUUUCCCAUUUUAGCAACUGGAUUCUCUUUGUAAUUUUGUGUUGGAAACUAGGAAAUGACAUAGGGAUCCCCAAAAAUACAGAAGGUCAAAGAAACACAUUCAACAGAAAUGCAGAAAUAAGAGUGUGGUUUUUUAUUUCUUUUUUUUCUCCUGGGUAUGUAGUGCAGGGUGACACAUGGCACCUGACAUGUGGCAGCUGAAAAUCUGGUAUUCAUCAUCUUUGUUUAUUUCUAUUUUUUUAAAUGUAUUUAUUUUUCCAUUACACUUUCUGUUUUCAUUAUAAUGGAAGAAAAAAAGCCAUUUGCAUACAGUUCUGGUUUACCCAACAUAAGAAGGACAAGGAGCUGUUGGAGCAAGUCCAGAGGUGGCCAUGAGGAUGAUCAGUGUGGCUGGAGCAUCUCCUGUAUGAAGACAGGCUGAGAAAGUUGGGGCUGUUCAGCCUGGAGAAGAGAAGCUGCUUGGAGACCUCAGAGCUGCUUCCAGUAUCUGAAAGGGACUAUGGGGAUGCUGGACAGGGACUCUUUUGUCUGCUUUUGACAAUCACAGUGCACGUGUGUUGUGAGUUGUAGGAUGCAAAGCUUUUCAUAAUUCCUUUGCCCCGAACAAAAUGUUGAAGAGUAAGAUCUAAUAGAGGAAAUAGGCAGGGUGAUGAUGGUGCAUGGGGGGAAAGACCUCUGGAGAGGCAUCACUGUGAUAAUUAGCUCUGGUUGAAAAGCAUGGCUUCCAUGCUCAUGGUUUUAUUUUCCCCUUUAAUUUGUAUUUGGUAGAAUCAGUCCAGUCACACGCAGUGUAUCAGCAUUUCCAUUAACCCACAAAUUCUGAGCAGACUAUGCUUGAUGUGCUGAAACAACGUGCUCAGGCAUUGAGAUGGGUCUCUUUCCAUGAUGCAGGUACUUGUUAAAAUGGGCUUUGCUGGAGGUUCCACAGCUCUCAGCAGCCAUAUGGGACUAUGCUCUGCCCAAUUUCUUAUUACUGGGAUGGCCCAAGAGCCAGUCCUGCUGCAACCUCUCAGAAAAUUAGCUUACAGCAUUGUAGCAUGGCUUUGAUCAUCAUGUUUUUACUGUCAGCAAAAAGCUGUAGUUAUCAACCCACAGCUCAAGCGAGCCCACAUGUUGCAGGCAUUAAAAGGCCUCAGCUGCCUAAUUGUUGCAUCUUCCUUUUGCAAUAAAAUCAGCCCUUGUGCUUUUCAA